AUGGAGAAGAGGCAGGAACCAGUUACUUGGGAGGUCUUUAGGAGAAAGUUCCUCUCCGAAUACUUCCCCGACAGCGUCAAAUAUGCUAAAGAGGUGGAGUUUUUGCAGUUGACUCAAGGAAGCAAAUCUGUAGCUGAGUAUGCAGAAAAGUUCAAGCAUCUCAGCCGCUUUUAUACCAUGCCACUAGAUGAAGAGUGGCGAUGCAAGAAGUUUGAGAACGGCCUCCGCGGGGAUCUUCGUUUGAUGCACCCUCACCAGCAGAGAGUGGGAGGACCAUCUGGGUCCAGGCAUAGGCAUGAGGAGAGGAGGAAACCAUAUACUAGGCCCCAUUUCCAGUCUCAGGGGUCUAGGGAGUCUUCUUCCCAACAGAGCAGAGUUCAAUGCUACCAGUGUGGGGGAUCGCACAAGAGGAAUGUCUGCCCCCAGCUUGCGGGCUUCAAGAGAUGCAACAAUUGUGGCAAGGAGGGCCACUUUGGCAGGGAUUGCCCCACCCUCGUGAGGACAGCAACGCGUACUCCAGUUCUGACCCCAGUCCAGAAUCAGCAGAGGAGGGGAGGCAACAGGCCUCAAGCAUCGGGCAGAGUGUACGCCAUGACUGGAGCGGAGGCAGCAGGCUCAGGUAACCUUGUCAUGGGACGUUGUGUGAUUGCUGGUAAAUCUGCAUGUGUUUUGUAUGACUCUGGAGCGACACACUCUUUUGUGUCUGAAUCUUGUGUGCAAAGGUUGGGUCUGCCGGUUUGUGAACUACAAUAUGACCUUGUGGUAUCUACUCCGGCAUCGGGUUUGGAGUUGGAGGUAAUCCUAAGGAUGGAUUGGCUCUCUGCCAAUCGCAUUCUUAUAGAUUGCCGCAAGAAGAGGCUGUUAUUUCCCAACUUAGAGGAGCCUGAGUUGUUAUCGUCUCACGGGGUUAUGAAGGAGCUACAGGACGGUGCACAGUGUUUCUUGAUCUUCACCCACCUAGAGGUGGAGGGAGAAGAGAGGAAGUAUGUUAUACCGGUAGUACAAGAAUUUGAAGACGUGUUUCUAGAGGAAGUACCGGGAUUACCCCCUAGUAGAGAGGUGGAGUUCUCGAUUGAUUUGGUACUUGGAACCGGGCCAGUGUCGAUGGCUCCAUACCGUAUGGCUCCGGUAGAGUUGGUGAAACUCAAGAAACAGAUAGAGGAUUUACUGGGGAAAUAG